AUGGACCAUAUUAAUGCUUUCAAUAUUAUAAAAGAUAAAAAAAAAUCAUAUAACUUUAGAAAAAAGAAAACAUCAAAAUAUUUAUCAAAAAAAAAACGCGAAAAAAAUCAAUCUAUAUUACCAUUUUGUAAAGAAAGAAAAACACUUUUUAUCAUUAAUUCGGACGAAGAUGAUAUAGAGAAUAAAAAAUUUAAAGUCAAUUCAUCAUCUUUUAUUAAAUUCCAGCAAAAUCAAUCAACAUUUUUAAAAAAUAAAGAUCUAAAUUUUAAAAAUAAAAAUUUAUUUAGAAUUUAUGAACUUGAAAACCCUGAAAAUGUAUUCGAAUCUAUAAAACGAGAUGAAUUUAAUAAAGAAGAUAGUUCAAAUCAAAAUACUAAAGAAGAUUAUCAAGAUCUAUCAAAUACUUUACAUAACUCAAAAUUCCAUAAAGAUUAUUUAAAAAAUUCUACAGACGUUAACUGUUUUUAUAAUAAAUGUGUGAAGGAUGUUUCAGAGGGUAAUAUGUAUCAAACAUUAAAUAGCAAAAAUACUAUAGAAAAUUAUUCUAUGGAAAUUUCUAAUUUUUUAAAAACUAAGUCGUUGGGUAAAAAUACAAAAGAAAAUAAUACAACAUGUACUUCUCAAUCGGAUUCAUUAAGAAAUUCUAAAAAUGAUUUUGAGCUUUCACUUAUUAUUCCAAAAACAAAGAGACGAAAGUUCAUUUCUUCAACUAGUAACAGUGAAAAUGAUUCUCAAUUAGAAAUAGAAAAUGAAAUUAAUGAUUUAAAUAAAAAAGAUAUUAUAGAAGAACGAACAAGAGGUUCUAAACGAAAUAUAAAAAGAACAAUAUUUCAAGAACAAUUGCAGAAACUUAAGAAAAAUAAAAUUACAAAAAAAACUUUAGAGAAUAAUUCAGAUGACUUAGAAAUAAUCGAUCCACCACAAACUUUUUUAUCUUAUCAUUCUAGUUCAUCAUUUUCUGACAAUGAAAUAAUUCAAGGAGAUCAUGAAUCGGUUACAUUGGAUGAUUUUAUAGUAGAUGAUAGCGAGCCUAUUGGGCAACCGUAUUUCGAAAUGCCUGUUGAAUUUACAAUGUUUAGUUACCAAGGAAUUUCGUCACAUUUUAAAGUUUUUAUUCAACAUAAAAUUCACAAACUUUUGAAUCCUGAUUUUAUAGAAGAAUCAGAUCAAUUUAUUUUUUCUCUAAAGUAUUUAGAAAAAAAAAUUAGCUCAUUAAGAGAUUCUGUUUUAUCUUCGUCUGCAUGGAAGCUUCCAUUUAUCAAUGCAUUAUCUUCUAGACCUAUAUUAAAAACAGGGACAUGCGAAUCACGUUUUUUUUGUGAUGCAUGUAAUAUAUCUGGAAGAAUUUCUGCCUUCUGGGUCCAAUUUCAUGGUCCAAAAUAUGAUCCAAGAACACUAAAAAUUUAUGAAAAUGAAGAAAAACUAUUAGAAGACGAAAUGAACAAUUUUAAUGAAGAAUUAUGGUAUCUUGGAAGAUUUUGUUAUUUACGAGCAAAAAUUGCUCAUCGUUUUUGGCAUUGGCAUUUCAAUAUAAAUCAAGAUUUAAAAAGAAUAUUAAAAAAAAGUAAAAAAAUCGAUAUAUCCUUUAAAAAAACUCUUUUAAAUGUAAAUACUUCAGAGCGUACCAAAAAGAUAGACAGUAUAAUAAGGGAGUUAGACGAUUCAGGGAAAACAAACGAAAUAUGGGAGAAUUUUAAUAAUACUUUAAAACAGGCGGAAAAUUUCAUGAUGAUACACGAAUUUAAAGAAAAAGAAUACCAGCACUGA